AGGAGCCCCAGGUGGUGCUUGGUCACCGAGUGUUGCAGGCCCAUGCGUACAACCAAAGCUUCGCUCGCUAUCAAUCUGUUUAUUGUUUCUUGAUACUGAUAGAUUUAACACCAAAAGCAAUGGCUUCUCAGGCCCGUGCGGUUCACAGGCCGUCGUAUGGACGCCGGCGAGCGCUCUUUUUGCCGUUCGAGGAGGCGAAGAAGUACAUGCGGGAGACAGUUGCUCUCAUUCGCAGCGCUGCAGAGUUCAAGGAUUGGAGUCGGUCCCCUUCUCGGCCUUCUUUCAUUCCUUCGAAUCCGCAUUCGGUUUAUCGCGGAAGAGGGUGGAAAAGCUACCCCGAUUUCUGCAGCUACCCUCUGUCAAAGUUCGAUCCCGCCAGCCCUCGCGUGUACAAUGUUUGCCCCAAAUUUGCUGCACUUCGGUGGGAUGCAAUACGUCGAACACGGGAGGCGCAGGGGCAUUUCUUUGCGAUUCUGCAAGAUGCGCUCCCAGAGUACCAGGCACAAAUGAUCGCUCGACAAAAAUCAUCAUUCUUCCUUUUUCGGAAAAUGAUUCCGACGAGCCAUCAAGUAGAUUCACGCCAUCCCCAUGGCGACCAGACACACGAGACGGCGACAAAGGGAAACACCUCUCGGAGAGAAAAGUGUGGAGAUGAAGACGAGGACGGGACCAAGUUCACAGCGUAUUACGAAGACAGGUGGAUAGCUGUUCAGCUGAAGUUCUCCGGCUGCGAAAGCUUCAAAAGACGUGCGGUGUUGCGGAACAGAUACUUGUUUAGUCGGGUGUCGCUACGUGACGACGUCGGCUUUGUCUUUUUGUGCGACGAGUCGGGAAAGUUUAUGCUCGGCCGUCCAGGCGAGUUCCAAAUCAAGGGACACAAGACACGCAGCGUCAUUUUGAAAGAUCUACAAUUCACCUCGAAAGAGAUGCUGCGGACUACCUUUGCAGCCUGGUGGAGCACUUUGAGGAGACGCAAACACGCAGAGUGGGUCGCUUGCCUCUCGUCGUUGUCUUCGCGCGAGCAGAGGCAUUUGGCUUUCAGCGAAACUCUAAACCGACUCCUGUACGUUCCACUUGGCAUCAAAGCGGACACUGGGAGUCUUGUGGACACAAAUGUUGACGGCAACGUGCGACUGAAUGGCGUUUGCUGUUUGCAGCGCGUCGCAACGAGGAUCUACACGGACUGCCCGGCUCGUGCAGGAUACAUUUUUGAUAUGCACAGUAGUAGUGGUGGAGGGUACUUACAGGAGGCGACGCGCAUCCGGUUGCACCGGAACCAAAGUCCAGCGAUACGUUUGUGGUAUUCCCGAGGAGACCGUCGACGAAGUCGAUGCUUGUUUAGAAACGGUUGAUGUCGAGAAUGAGCAGAAUGACGAUCAUGUCGCUCGUCGCCAAGCCUCUAGCUUCCGUUUCCGCGGAGUCUUCAUUUUUCCGGCAGAUUUUGUGCACUUGACAAAGAGAAAAAGCCGCACGGAGGAUGGGGCGCCGUCACUGUGGAAGUACCGCAUGACUGUCUAUUCUCCAAGCUGUAGUCCGCUUCACUCGCGAUCGAAAGGCAGACAACUAGUACAGGCACCGUAUUACAUUGACUUUAAGUCAAUGUCGCGAAGCGAGCAACUUCGAAAGGCAAGCGCCUUACUGCGAGGUAUCGCUAUCGGUGUGACUGGAAACGUUGCUCAAGCAAAAAAGUCAGGGAAUGAAUUUGCGCAUGGAAUGAAUGUCACGUGGCCUGAGAAGAGUAAGAUCGCCUCUCCAUCAGCGCCGUGGCACUAG